AUGACUUCCAGUGCUUUGAUGAAACCUCAGAUGUGAGGCCCUCUGGCCAAGUGAUUGUGAUUUCAUACUGUUGGAGUGUUUGCUGUAUCCCUGGGGGUUGCAGCUUUCUAUAAGUUUGCUGUGGCUAAACCAAGAAAGAAGGCAUAUGCAGAUUUCUACAGAAAUUAUGAUUCCAUGAAAGAUUUUGAGGAGAUGAAGAAGGCUGGUAUCUUUCAGAGUGCCAAGUGA